GAGGAGGAGGAAGGGAGAGAUUAGCGCGGUGCCGGCUGGCGCAGAGGCGCGGCUGAGCGCUCCAGCGGGAGCCCGGGGCCCUGCGGACCCUGCCAGAGUCGGAGGCGGAAGGAGCGGAGAUGCGGCUGCUCUGCCCGCGCCGCUGAAGCCCCGGUCACUCGCCCGGAGGAGGCAGGGCAGGAAGCUCCGUCCUUCUCGCUGCUGUGCGGGCUCAAAGGGUGCCUCAGCUGUCCCCUCCUCUUGCUUUUAUUCCAGCCCCGGAGCUGAAGAAGCCGCCGCCGCCCCCUCUGCCUUCCUGCGCUCUUCCCACCAUGAGCGGGGCUGUUUUCACCUUAUAAAGAUGGCGGUGUGGGAUCGCUGCAACCUUUAGACUCAUGACUGUCAGAAACAUCGCCUCCAUCUGUAAUAUGGGCACCAAUGCCUCUGCUCUGGAGAAAGACAUCGGCCCAGAGCAGUUUCCAAUCAAUGAGCACUACUUCGGCUUGGUCAAUUUUGGGAACACCUGCUACUGUAACUCGGUGCUGCAGGCGCUGUACUUCUGCCGGCCCUUUCGGGAGAAUGUGCUAUCAUACAAGGCCCAACAGAAAAAGAAGGAAAACCUCUUGACUUGCCUGGCAGAUCUUUUCCACAGUAUUGCUACUCAGAAGAAGAAAGUUGGAGUUAUUCCGCCAAAGAAGUUCAUAUCGAGGCUACGGAAGGAGAAUGAUCUCUUUGACAACUACAUGCAGCAGGACGCUCACGAGUUUUUGAACUACCUGCUCAACACCAUUGCAGACAUCUUGCAGGAGGAGAAGAAACAGGAGAAGCAAAAUGGGAAGCUGAAAAACGGCAACAUGAACGAAGCUGAGGAGAACAACAAGCAGGAGCUCACCUGGGUGCAUGAGAUCUUCCAGGGGACGCUGACCAACGAAACCAGAUGUUUGAACUGUGAAACCGUUAGCAGCAAAGAUGAAGAUUUUCUUGACCUCUCUGUUGAUGUGGAGCAGAACACAUCAAUUACACACUGUCUAAGAGACUUCAGUAACACAGAGACCUUAUGUAGUGAACAGAAAUACUACUGUGAGACUUGCUGCAGUAAACAAGAGGCACAGAAAAGGAUGAGAGUGAAAAAACUGCCAAUGAUUCUUGCCUUACACCUCAAGAGAUUCAAGUACAUGGAGCAAUUGCACAGGUACACCAAGCUGUCCUACCGUGUGGUCUUCCCUCUGGAGUUACGUCUCUUCAACACCUCCGGUGAUGCUGUCAACUUGGAUCGAAUGUACGACCUGGUGGCUGUUGUUGUGCACUGUGGAAGUGGACCCAAUCGGGGGCAUUAUAUUACUAUUGUGAAGAGUCAUGGAUUUUGGCUCCUCUUUGAUGAUGACAUUGUAGAGAAAAUAGAUGCUCAAGCUAUUGAAGAAUUCUAUGGGCUGACCUCUGACAUAUCAAAGAAUUCGGAGUCUGGCUAUAUUUUAUUCUAUCAGUCAAGAGAGUGACUCGGCGACCGGUGACGUUCACGCACAACACUGCUGCAACCACACGGAGCUGCUGGGCCUCCCUGAACUGACUUCUACAUCUUGUAUGGCUGCACAAGGAUCCUCUCUGUCUCCUGCUCCCUGGUCCAUGUGAUCACUGACCAGAACCCUCCGUUUUUGACACACAGAACUUUACCUUGGGGUGGGGGGGACAGUCCUUUGUAGUUUUUAAGUCCGAUUGAAGAGCCCUAAGUGCAGUCAGAUUUUAGUGGAAUUUCUAUGGUCUAACAUUUACAGGUAACAAGGUUUGGAUGUCAGCUGUUACACCCCAACCCAACUAGAGUAAGAUUUUUUUCCUAUGGAAGUGUUCAUUGCAUUUAGGGCAAAACUGUUUCUAAAGUAGCUUUUGGGGUGUGUUGAUUUACAAAGCAUUCCUUUAAGUACAUCCUGACAGCUACUUACCCACUUGAAGUGUAAGGAAAACAAACCAACUCAACUCUGUUCCAUGCUGAGGUGGAAUUAUGGUUGUAGAGGGGAUGAUUUGUUUUUAAUGUAUUGCUGUAAGAGAUACUCCUCCAAAAUCAUUUUAAUCUUUGGGCUCUUAAAAACCUUGCAGUGCAUAUCCUGAGGCCAAAAAAUUCCCAGAGAGGGAUUUAAAUGACAAUGGAACUGAGUCAUCCUCUAUGGCCAGUCGUUUUGUUUGUCGUGAAGGCAGCACAGAUGAUAGCUCAGUGUAAAGGGAGUGAGAUAAGAGAGAUGACAGAGAGAUAAAUCACAUCAUUGAGCUGAUCUUUCUGUUAAAACUGUACCACAGGUUGGUUACUCAAUUGGGUGUGCAGAGAUUGCAGCACUGCUCUCAUGUGACGUGUCCCUCAGGACUGAAACUGCAGCCCAUUUCCAACCAGUGUUGCUUUUCCAAUACAUAAGGCAAGGUCUAGAUGCUGCUGUUUGCUGAAACCCUGGAGGUCCCAGUUUAAUGCCUCAAGACAGAGCCCAGUUCUUAUCAACUCCACAGAGUACACCCCAACCAUUACGUCACAAGCACUGCCAGGUAUAAAUCAUCCCUAGCAGUGUGGCCACGUGUGACAGCAUUUGGGUCACCACAGAAGCAGGGCUCUGGAGUGUCUGGUUUUAAAGACAUCAAAAGGCUUAUGUCUGUGAUUUCCUGGGUAAGUCUGGCU